AUAAGACAGGAGAUGAUCAGGCCAGCUUUAAAAAGGAUGGCUGCUGAAGAUGUCCUUCCUCUUGGCCCUUUUUCCUGACUUCCAGCUAGACCACAUGUAUUGUGCUGUUGUCUAAACUGCUGACUGUUAAGUGGUGAAUCUUUGUCAGAUUGUUUUGAAACAAAGACACCUUUUGGUUAUAGUGCAGUCCUGGUAGGUAGGGGUGAGUAGCCUUUUUGUUUGAGAAACCUUUUUCUCCUGUUGUUUGUGUAGGGAGGCAGGUAAGAACCCUGUAUGUUCUUUUAUGUAGUAUUUAUUUUUAAGUUAGUUAAUUUUAAUUAAGUGAUGUUUUGUUGGUUGUUUUGGCCAUGCUCACCAUGAAGUAAAAAUACCUGUUGUGGUUAACAAUAAAUUUGUGUUGGACUGCAUAUGUUGGUCAUCUUCAUCUCUGGGAGUUGAGAAAAGGGGAGAGCACUUUUAUGUUGCGCUCAGGUUACCCCUAGGCCAGGGCGAACCAGCACCAGCAAAAAACUAGUAGCGUUGGUCGAAAAGUGGUAUUGGUAAUUUAGUUCACUGCAGGGAGGUUCAUGAUAGUUCGGCGACGCAGUGACCUCUUGUGGCCGUGAUAAUGAUCGGAACAAAGGAGGAAGUCAUGUCUUGUGAUUCAUUAACAGAACAAGAAGAACCACUCCUCACCAAAACACACCGGCUCUGAGUGCCACUUCAACCGCCUCGCUCGUCCGCUCUGAUGAAUCCAGCCGCUGCAUGACUCAGUUAACUGAGGAAUGAGACCAAAAAAAACCAAUCCCGUCUGACUUGACGCACGGUACCUGCGAGUUCACAAAGUCACACGUCACUCGGUAGCCUGAUAUAGACCAAGAGACAAAGGCGUGGAUGAAACCCGAGCUCGCCAGCCUCCUUUCUGUUGCCAUGACGACAGCAGCCGUUUCCAGUGCCUUGGUGAGAAACAAAAAAGAAAAAGGCUCAGAGGACCUGUGGCCAGAGGCUCCACCCACUGGGGGAAUUAACAGAUGCAACCUGGCAACCCAGAAAUUUAUAUAAUCACCUUAUUUAGAUGGGAACAUGACAAUGAGUGUGUGCAACUGGAUGCGGUUCAGGGCGUGUUGCUAUUGCUGGCAGGUGUAGAAGCAGGUUGAGCAGGUUGUUCCCUGAAUGCCACUCUGCUGAGCCCUCCUCCCUCCUUCCCUGUUUGUCUCUCCGGGCCGACUGCUGAUUCACUCUCACAUGUUGGCAGCUCGCUGAAGAGAUUUUGUUGCCUGUGCACCUGUUCUCAUCUGAUAUAGCCUAAGAAUAAGAGUGAAACCAAAAGGAGGAAAUGGGAGUGUAUUUAAAAAUCACAGCAGGUCUUAUUCUGCUCGUCCAAGUCUUUCACCUGGCAUCGCUCCAAAGUUCAGCCGCCCCUCCGCGGUGGACAAUUGAUAAAGGCUGGCUCCGGCUAAAUUCUGCCGCCGAGACGAAAGCUGAAGAGGGGACGGACGAGUCAGGUAAUGAUUUAAGCAGUGGGAUAGCAUCUGGCUCCAUGGCAGUAUUCAGUGAGGAAGAGGAGAAUGUGGCCGGCCCUGAUAAGAGUGCAAAAGAAACAUCUGAUGAUCUGACUGCUGUCACUACCACCAUGACUCCCACAAAUGUCACAACCAAGGAACCUGAAUUGCCAGACGCAACCAUUUCUCCAACUAAUGAAACUAUAGAUCGCACAAACUCAAGCCAGAGCAACAACAAAGAAGCCAAAGAAGAAGUUAAUAACUCAACGAUGACUCCUCAAAACUCCACAACUCAUCUGAGUGCACAAAACUCCACCGACUUUCCAGAGAAAACCAAUCACACUGAUGCACAGACCCCAACCUUGGCUCCGGAGAGCAACGCUACGCAAGAAUCCACAACAAAACCUGACAAAGAUACGGGGUUAACUAAAGCUACAGAAUCCACCAAAACUACAACUGUAACAACCACGCCCAAACAAGAGGUAAACAAGACAUCAACCACGUCUUCAUCUACAACGGCGCUCCCGUCUGAGACCGCAGAGACGACCACAACUGCCGCCUAUCCGAUCACAGCUGAGAAGGCCAACAAGACAAACAAGACAGGUGCAGCAGCCUCAGGGAGCAGCUCAGAGAGAGGUUUGGCAACGGAUACAAAGAGUAAAAGAAACGGAGCGUGGGGAGCCGUGCUGGGGACGGCUGUGGCUGUGGCACUGGUUGGACUGGUGGCUUACAUCAUCAUGAAGAAACACCAGAAGGGUUUCUCUCACAGGAAACUGGUGGAGGAGUAUCCGACAGACUCAGUUCACAGAUUAGAAAACGGCGACCCUUUGGAUUUGAACUUUGGAGUUGGUGGUUCAGCCUAUUACAACCCAGGACUCCAAGGGGACAGCAUCCAGAUGAAUAACUUUCCAGGACGCCGCUGAAACUAAAAAAAGACUCCCAAGACCAAAGUCAUGAACUCCCUUGAAAGAAAGUUGGCCAAUUAUGCUUAUUGGCCUCUGAUAGACAACCUAUAAUGUGGAGUUUUGUAAAUAAGACUGAGUUAAAGGGACAUUUGUGGAUGGAGAGGCGUUUGCGAAGGUCUGCUGUCAGCCACCACAAAUGAUAGUUCAGAUUAUGCAUUGUGUUGAAUAGAUUUAUUGCAUUGAAAUAGAGGGAUCACUGAAGGCGAUCUAUCUGAACUACACUGCAACAGCCAAAAUUAACUGUCAGCCAUUGAUGUAUGUUGCCAAAGGAUAUCAAAUGAAGUCUUUCCUAAUGAAGAAUAUGCUUUGCAGUCAUUAAAAAUGUAUAUUUCUUAUAAGCUUUGCUUUAAUUUGAAACAUUUUUUGCACAGAUAGGAGAGAAUUCCUUUGAAGACAAGCAAAACAAAGACAUUAGCAUAUAAUCAGAUCUGUUAAAGAAACCACAAUGUGACUCCUGCUGAUGCAAAAACAUUUGAAUUAAAAAAAAAAGAGAGAAAAAGUGCUGUUGUUCUCUGCAGCCUAAACAACAGACGACACAGCUGGCCUGUUGAGGCAUAUGCAACAAAAUUCAGAAGCCAUGGUGAACAAUAACAUUAUCCAUAUCAGCAAUCACCUGCUGUUAUGGCAUAAGGAAGGCAAUAAGAAGUUAAAUUUGAGCCGCGCCUUCAGAUAUAUCCCGCAACUGGCAGUCACCGCCAGAGUCUGAGAAUUGAACCAUCAAACCAAAGAGUUUGUUUUUCUAUGCCAGCGAGGGAGGUGGAGCGAGGCUGGGUUCUACUUUGUUAUUCAUAGACUGACAUUUUGGUAUUCAGGAAGGGAGUCAUGUAUUUGGUCUUAGCAUUACUUGGUAGCAACAACUAUAUCAUCAUAAUAUACUGCUUAAAUCUUCUGACCUCCAGGUGUCCAAACAGAGAUUUGAGUUUCUUGUAGCGACAGUGUGCACCUUGGAGAAUUACAUAGAGUUUACCUGCUGCAUACUUAGAGCAACAUUAUUACAUACCUGAUGCUGAUUUAAAAAAACAACAACUUAUUCUUCUCCUAAGUGACUUUAACUUUGAAUUACAACUUUCAGCAAUGAAUGUCUCUAUUUUGA